AUGUUGUUUACGACGAUAGCCCCGCGCGGUCGGAAUGCGGUUGCGAGGGUGCGCGGGUGCAGGGGCACAAUCACGCGUUGUUUACCGCUUGCGUGCGUGAUUGCUCCGUUACCGCUUUACUCGCUCGGUCCGACCGCAUUCCACAGUGUUCUUGUUUGCUACACUCACACAGGCGCUCGAUUGGAAUGCGGUGACGCCUGGUACGCUCGAUCAUACGAUUUUUGUACCUGUGUGCGUGUUCCCUUCGCUUCGCUACCUGAGUUGCCUUUCACAUUCCAAUCAUAUUCGCUUCUCGAUCCUCGCGUAGUUUUAUGUAAAGUAAUAAGAUGGAAGUUAGAUGAUAUUUGA